GACGGACUGAUGUUUUGGUUCUGAUCCGCUAUGGAAUGCUUUGUUGAUUUCUGAGAUCUUCUGCCUACUUCCUGUUGUCAGACGGGUUCUGUUCCACAGUUUUCACAUGUAAAUGCUCAUAGUGACGGUGCGUUCACUGACCUUUGCUCUUCUACAGCUGUCGUCUCAUCAUGGCGGUCAGUUCGGAUGUGGAGCCGCUCUUUGUGGCCUUCAAGAAGUUCUCCCUCUACGGAGACACGAAGGCGAGCGGCAGGGAGCUGACUGGGAAGGCCUGGGCCAAGUUGUGCAAGGACUGCCGGGUCAUCGAUGGGAAGAGCAUCACUGGCACCGACGUGGACAUCGUCUUCUCCAAAGUGAAACAGAGGUCGGCUCGAGUCAUCACCUACAAGGAGUUCCAGCAGGCGCUGGAAGAACUGGCUCCCAAGAGGUUCAAAGGUCAAACUAAAGAGGCAGCGCUGCAGUCCAUUCACAAGCUGGUGGAGGGCCAAGAGCCGACCAAUGUCGGCGUGACGAAAGUGGCGAAGACGGCAACGGUGGACCGUCUGACUGACACGUCCCGCUACACCGGGUCCCACAAGGAGCGCUUCGACGACAGUGGCCGGGGCAAAGGUCGCGAAGGCCGCGAAGACCUGGUGGAGCACACGGGCUACGUGAACGCGUACAAGGACGCCGGAACAUACGACAGCAAGGUGAAGGAUGCUGACAAGUGAGGAGAUGCCCCCUGCUGGAAGCUCAGAGGAAGUCCUCUGGGACUGGACCAAAAUCCUGCAUCGAGGGAGCUGGACAGACCUCCACGAAUUAAUAAACAUUUAGAGCUUCUAGGUUAUUGUUUCACAAUGUCUCCCUCCUGUAAUAAACAUCACAUAUGAUGGAGUUCAUGAAAA